CUGUGCUGAACGUCAAUGUUUCUGUGGAAGUGGAUUAGUGGAUUUUAUUAAAAUCAAAAAUAAUUCGCUUAUUUCAUAGAGUAAAAUAAAUAGGUACAUUAAUUUGUAAACGCGAUGGGAAAGUCAUUCAAUUGAAAUUAUAAUUUGUGUUUUAAUUGUCAUUCGACCAUAGUCUUAUCAAAACGAAUAGUGUACGACGUUGAUGUGUAGAAAAUCGACGGAAUUUGUGUGCAAUAUGUGUGCAGUGUUUAUUACCUGUGACAUUUAAUAACAAAAGGAAAACAGUGUGAUAACAAUUUAUAAUCAAAUUCUCAGAAUGAGUACCACAGAUACGGUGAAUAUAACCGCUCAGCGGAUUUCUGAAAUUGUUCACGACGUGCUGAAGCCGCUGCAAGAGCCCAUAUUCCUGCAGACCCGCAGCGCGCAGGUCAUCGCGGGAAUAUUCGUGUUCACGGCUCUAUUCAUUACUUGCCAACAGAUAUACCAGCAUUUGCGUUGGUACACAAACCCAUCAGAGCAACGUUGGAUCGUGCGAAUCCUAUUUAUCGUCCCAAUAUACGGCUGUUACAGCUGGAUAUCUUUGCUCUUCUUCAAUGGAGACUCUUACUACGUGUACUUCUUCACCGUCAGGGAUUGUUAUGAAGCGUUCGUGAUCUAUAGCUUCUUGUCCCUGUGCUACGAGUACCUCGGGGGCGAAGGGAACAUAAUGUCGGAGCUGCGCGGGCGGCCGGUGCGCGCGUCCUGCGUCAACGGCACGUGUUGCCUGGCAGGAGCAACGUACACGAUCGGCUUCCUCCGUUUCUGCAAGCAGGCAACCCUACAGUUCUGCCUCAUAAAGCCGCUUUGCGCUUUCGUCAUCAUUUUCUUGCAGGCUUUCGGGCAUUACCACGACGGCGACUGGAGUCCCAACGGCGGCUACAUUUACAUAACGAUCAUCAAUAAUUUCUCCGUGAGCUUGGCACUCUACGGUCUGUUCCUCUUCCUCGGAGCCACCAGGGAGAUGCUGAAGCCUUUCGAUCCGGUUCUGAAGUUCUUCACCGUUAAAUCUGUCAUAUUUCUUUCGUUCUGGCAAGGCGUCGCCCUGGCCAUACUCGAGAAGGCGCAAGUGAUCUCCCCGAUACUGGACGCGAGCAACGUUCCCACGACGGCCGGUACCGUGUCGGCGGGCUACCAGAACUUCCUGAUCUGCAUCGAGAUGUGCGCGGCGGCGGUGGCGCUGCGGUACGCGUUCCCGGCCGCCGUGUACGUGCACUCGCACCGCGACCCGCACCGCUCCCUCACCAUGCAGUCGAUCUCCAGCAGCCUCAAGGAGACAAUGAAUCCCAAGGACAUAAUGACGGACGCCUUCCACAACUUCCAUCCGCAGUACCAGCAGUACACCCAGUACAGCUCCGUAAUGCGCGGUCACACGGAAUCCGGUAAGCGUGGGGAGGAAGGAGCGGCUCUGGCUCCUCGCCCGCCGCCCCAGCGCGUCGCUACCAUCUGCCACGCCACCAAUUACCACGAGAAGACCACGCUGCUCAGCUCCGAUGACGAAUUUCAGUGAAUAAACGAAGAUAAGUCCCAUGUUAAACUUGAGACUUUUAGAUCACCCAAAUCUAUGCAAAAGUUUUUUUAUUUUUUAUUUAAAUAACAUUUUUAUUAGAUCUUACUAUAACAUAUGGUUGUGGAACAGCCCUCUCUUUUCUGUGAAUUAUCUAAAUAUAAAAUUAAUUAAAAAAAAGAUCUUUUGUUGGUUUUUUACAUGCAAAGUAGAAUACUAGAUCAACAAAAAAUAGCUUAUUUUUUAUUAACAUUCCUUUAAGGCAUUGUUUUAUGAAAAUUAAUUGUUUUUUUUUUUUUCUUAUCUUGCCAUUCAAAUGUAAUGUCUAUGGUAGACUUAUGAUUUGACUUAUUUAUUUUAAUGCCAAAUGUUUGACCAAAAUGUCCUUUGUACAUUUCUGUAAGGAAGUGAUAACAAAUGGUAUAAAAUAUUAUAUACUAAAACUUUUGCGUUAUAUGAAUAAAAUAAAUAAUAAAUAAACCAAAUAAUCAUAUUAUUAUACUAAAAAGCAUACUUUACUAACAUAGUUUUAAUAAGAGUACUAAUUUCUAAAAAAAUGUAUUUGCCCCUCUAUAAUUUCUAACUAGUUCAUUCAAUCACUUGUAAAAUUUAUAAAUUAGAUCAAAUCUAACCUAAAGCUUAUGUUUACCAAAUCAGUACUGAACAGACCUUGAUCAUGACAUGUAACGAGAUGGUAUCAUGCUUAAAGCUCAGCAUUACAAGAUUUACAAUGGAAUAAAAUAUUGUAAAUUUAAUGCAUAAAUCCUAACGGCAUAAUUAUUUUAUAUAAAAAAAACGAAUACACAUUGUGUUUAGAACAUAGACAAGUUUUUGCAAGAAAUAUUAAUCUAUUGUUCUAUCUAAAGCUACUCAUGAGAUAUGAUGCAUCCAUUCGGUGUCAGUUUAGCCAGUUUUAAUAAAUAUGGACAUGAUUGUAUGAUGAUGACAAGUAUAUAAAAAAUAAAAUUCUACUAAGGUUGGUUAGAUCAAUACCACAUGACGACUCUGGCGCAUGAAGAUAGCCGUAAAAAUGUAAAUUAAUAAACAAAUCUUAUUAAUUUCUGUUAAGGAUUGUAUAAUGUGUGUGUAGUUACCAAAUAUUUUGAGGUUUUUCUGUUCAAUCAUGUUAUCAUUUUCAGUAAUCAUGCCAAAAAUAAUCUAUUUUGUAUAAAUAUCUUAUUACCAAGAAAACAUUGUAAUAACGUAUAACAGGCUAGAUUCCGCUUCGCCGUCCAGAUGAUGCCUAUUCCUCGAUUCUCAUAAAAUUAAUGUAAAAAGAUAACCAAGAUAGCUUGUUUUGAUCAAAAUGAAAAUUUUUGAAAAUAAGAAAUUUACAAUUAGGUAGAAUAUAAUAUAUUUUACUUCUCUUAAACAAAACAUAGAAUUUUUUAGAUGAUUUCUCUAAACUUGGUAAAUUGGUAAGUUGCUAACAUAAUAUGGUAUUUGUUUAAUUUGAUGUGACUAAAAUAUUGAACAUCUUGUUUUAUUAGAUAUUCAGACUAUUUAGGUAAACUGUAAAUACAAAGAGUAUGUAUAAACCUUUAUUAAACUAUAAGAUGCUUUGUUGUCUACUCUUUUCAGAAGCUAAAGUCUAAAAAACAAUGGUAAACCUUCUAUGUCAUACAGGAUUCUCCUGUAUUCAAAUUAAAUCCUAAUAGGUUCUGUUAGAUUCCUGAAGCGUCUUAUAGAAAAGUUGUUGUAGGUCUACAGUACCGUGAAAGCUACGUUUUGUCGUCAAUAGGGAAAGCAAGUUUAUGUACAAUUUUGUACAUUUUUCUUGCAUCCAAAUGAUUAAUUGGAUCUUAAAGGUUUGUUCAUUUGAAAUCCAUAAUACAAAAUUGAUCAAUGCAUGAGGGUGCUAGCUACGGAGCAACCGUGUGCUUAGUGCGAGUUUUUUAACAUUCUCGAUAGCGCUCUUGCCUAUAUUUGCCGCUAGGGGCGCUGUUCCAACUAUAUGCAGAGUUAACUUUUACGCUAUCGAGAACGUUAAAAACUCGCACUAAGCACACUCAUUAGAAUGUUGUAUUAUUACUUUUUACUGUUGGGACAACUAUUUGUUGGUCUGCUGUAAUGGGUAAGACGCCCAUAAUAGCUUUUUAGGGUGAUGCAAUUGCAUACGUAACACAAACGUUCUUUGCUGUGAAGGAAUAAUACAUUGAAAUAAAUGUGCGCCAUGAUGCUAUGAAUCCGUCUAAUGUCAAAGAAAAAUGGGACUUUACCUUUUUUGGACAGUGGCAUUUACAAAAUGCGGCAAAAAGUAAUAGUACUCGAAGGAUUCAAAGAUAAUCAGAUAAGUGUACUAGUAGUUGUGACUUAUAUGAAAAUUAAGUUCACAAAGUUAUUAAUCGCAUUAUCAGUUUUACUAAAUUUACAUUUGAAAUUAAAUGGCCAUACCAAUGCGAUUGCGAUUCUUCUGAAAUGUUUAGCAGGUACAUUCCUUGCGAUGGUGUGACAUCAUGUUGGACUCUUUUAAAUAUGUAUCGAAUACCUUAAUUAUAAUUAAAUGAUAAGCAUAUUUUAUGAUUGUUUCCUAUCGACUAGUUUUCCUAUUAUCGCUUCAUAAAAAUGUUAGAUUUUCUAUUGUAAUUAAUACGCGUAUUAAAUUUAAAAUCCUCGAGAACUAAAAUGCAUUAACGAUUACGAUAAAAAACUUAUUUUCUGACCAAAAAUUUCAGAUUUUUAUUCCUUGGCCCUCAACAAUAAAAAGGUAACGUGUUGAACGGGCAAACGGUUCUGACACUUCGGUCCUUGGGAUCUUUUAAGUCAGCUGUCGGAUACAGAAAUCACAAUAUAGUAAAAUACCAUAAAUUUAAAUAAUUGUAAAAAAAAGUAGGUAAUCAAAUAUUUAAAUAAUAAAAAGUAUAAAAUAUGUAACAAUUUUUAAAACUAAAACGAUAAUGUGUCUAUAUUUAGGUGUUUUAGAGUAGUACUUACUUUAGAUGUCGAUACUGCAUAUAAGCACGUAUGUAGGUACAUUUCGUUUGUAUGAUUGGCACGGGUCUUCGCUUCUCUUUAGUUAUCAAUCACUAGUUCGAAUCGGAAUAGAUUGUACAUUGGCGUUCCUCAGAGAGCCGGUUAAUUGCACCCGGCUCAUAUAUCAUGCCUUGUCCGUUGCUCUUGAUCCGAUUGGAGAAGUGAACUUUUCUUUUUAUUAGAAUUUGUGACGUCAUUGUUGUUAUGAUAAGCAAAGUGGAGGGGAAGUGCUUUAAACGGUCCCAUUAUAUGAAAGAAAAAAAGUAUUUUUGUAAAAGCUGAAGAAGGGGCAUUUAACAUUAAACUUUUUGUCGAAAUCAUUAAAUUUCAAAGAAAGUAAUCAUAGAUAUUUUAAUAAUUCAAACGUUUUAGCUCCCGUUUUAAGUAUGUGUAAAGAAAAUAAUAAAAAUGAAAUAAAAACA